GAAAUUUCCAUAUGCAUGCAAGUGUGAUGUUCAUGUGAGCACAUAUCGUCAGCUAACUGGAUUCAACCAUGAUUCAACUUAAUUAAGAUUGAAGAUGUAGAUGGGGCCCAAACAAUAAUGAAUGCGGUAAUAGCAUCAUCACCAUAGCUCCUCCCACUGUGGAACUUUCCACCAAUCAGAGCCAGUCAUGAAGGAUAGCCUGACGACCAGACAGUGGGUGGCCCUUGGCAUCACCAUCCCAGCGUCCAUAUUUCUCCUUUACCUUCUCUUCAAGAAAAGGGAUGAAGAGGAAGAUUAUCGGCCUUCCAAAGAUCUUGCCACUGGUCAGCAGCUGACCAUAGAACUGAGGGUGCCAUACGACAAAGUAGGAGCAAUCAUCGGUCAACAAGGUGUAACUAUUAAAAAGAUCCAGGAUGAGACGUCUUGCCGAGUGAAAUUUCAGAGUGAGACAGGACUAGAGGAGAAGGAGGACCGGCUGCUGGUGAUCCGAGGCAAGCCAGACAAUGCCCUGCAGGCUGAGCAGCGAGUGCGGAAGAUCCUUGCCGAGCCCAAUGCCGUACAGACACUAGAGUUGAAGAUCCCUCAGUGGGCCAUUGGCAGGAUCAUCGGUCGUAAUGGGGAUAACAUCCGCCAGAUUUGCCGCACCAGCAAGGCCAGGGUGCGCAUCGAGAGGGAUGAUGACAGACGAGAUCCCCACGCUCUGCGGGAAUGCAUCAUUAAGGGAACACACGAACAAAUACGAUAUGCAAAGGGAUUGAUAGACGAGGAAAUUGCCCAAGAAGAGGAAUACAGACGGAAACUGGAGAAUGCCUCAGCCAAUAGGAAACAACGAGGCUCCAAAACAUCGAGAGACGUGAUGCCUCGAGACCAGAGACAAGCUGUGGACACAGCGACCGCCGACAAUCAUACCAAAGAUGAUUCCGAUGCAGUUGAGCACAUUGUGCAGAUGCCAACCCACGACGACUAUUUCAGCGUCUACGUGUCGGCCGUCGAGCACAUGGGUCACUUCUGGCUGCAAGUGCUCGGCCCCAAGGCUGGUACACUGGACCUGAUGAUACAGAAUAUGACCGAGUACUACGCCGUGGAGAGUAACCAAAAGCUGUCCAAGCCGGAUACCCUGUGCACCGGCGACAUCGUUGCAGCACCGUUCCAGGGUGACGAGUCUUGGUACCGGGCCCGCAUCCUGGAGUUCCUGGAGGAUGGUCAAGUGGACCUGUACUACGUUGACUUCGGAGAUAGCGACAAAAUGCCCAGGGACAGUAUUUGCAGCUUGAGGAGUGAUUUUCUUAGUCUUCCGUAUCAGGCAGUGGAGUGCAGUUUAGCUGGUAUCCAGCCAGACGGGUCUUGUUGGUCAGAGGAGGCGAUUGAUCUUUUUGAGGAUCUGACGUACUGUGCUAAGUGGAAACCCCUGAUGGCGCGGAUUGUAAGCUACCAACAGACCAGCACCGGGACACUACCGUGCAUUGAACUCGUCGAUACCACAGGGACAGAGGAUGUAAAUAUUGCAAGCACCCUUGUAGAGAGAGGCUAUGCAAGAUUUUCAAACUUCAGCAGCUCAGAUGCGUCAAAUCAGGGCCCCAACAUAGCCAAUGGAUCAUCCCGUCUACCAGGGGAAACAUUGACUGUUCCACCAGAUUCGGGGGAGAGUGAAGGAGAGGAGGGGGAGUUUACCAAAGAGGUUUCCGUAACAGGCUGAUGUGGAGGGGUGCUGUUAUUUUUAGUUUAAUCAACUUCUUUUUUCUUUUAAUAAUUCUUAAAAAUGUUUUCUUUGGGUCUUUGGGAAUAAUAAUAAAAUUAACUGUUUGGGGGAAAGUUCCACGCUGGUUCAACCCACUACUUAUCUUUUGCAGGCUGUAUUGUACAAAUAUUGACUGCUUUGAGCAGGAAUAUAUAAUGCUCCUUGGAACACCUUGUGAAGCUAGUUUGACCUCACCACAAGAUAAAGAAGUCAAUAUUGUUUGGUAACACCCUUGCCUUAGAUUCUGCUUGAUCUAUGCGAUAACUGACCAACUUGAUCCAGAUGCAUAUGAAAGGGGUGUCUAUUUAAACAAGGAAGUUGUCGAAUAUUUUACCAGCACUUUUCCCAACUACCUCCCCAUGUCAGGUCUGAACCCAGCUCUGUAGUGCAAACACUCCAGAAUGCACGUAAUGCACACACCAGCAUGUAUUUGCACACAAUAGCAGUGGUCAUGUUUACUGCACUUGAGUUGCUACGGGUACAAGUCUGUCAGCUGUGUGCAGGGAAACACCAAAACUAGCGACUGCCGCGUGACUAGCUCUCGCCCACUCAAGAGACAGAGUCUGUGGGGGAAGUGUGAUAACUACAAGUACCACUUCACUUGUUUCAUUUGACAAAGUUUGCCUGAAAUGAUCCAGACUUCCUUGUAUAUAUUAUAUCCGCUGAGUCUAGAUGCACCUAUCGUCGGCUAAGACGUGGGAGAUUGGUAGGGGGAAUUUUAGGUAGGUGCGUAUUGCAAAUGCAAAGACUGUACGUGGCUGCAGAAAGUGGCUGUUGUUGCUUAGCGUAUCCCUUGCCAAGUGCGCUUAUCAUACACACGGUGUGUCCACCACCAAACGGGGCAUCGUUACUUUGUAACAAGAUGCCAUUGUUUGUUCUGUGUCAACCCUUCGCACGGGGCAGACACUUCAUCUAAUCGUCGACUUAAUGCUGUUACAGGGUUCUCAAUAACAUAGCACCUUUCUCCUUAGCGAAUUGUGUGGAAAGAAAGUGGUUUUGCUCAUGAUAUAUUGGUAUAAAUGCAAUGCAGGUCACUCACAGUGGGCCUGGUUGUUGUAGGACUUAUUUGUCCAUUUUGAUCAGAGCGUAAUGUUGCUUAUCUAACAAUAUUGCUUAUUGAAUGAAUGGUCAACACGAUUUGCAUGCAUUUUGAAGACCGAUUUUUUUUUGAAUGCUGCAACUGCUUUUCCUGAUAUAUUCACCCGUUUUUCAUAUUGUGUGAGUGUUUUGUUUUUCUGAUCUCAGAGAGACAGAUACUUGUUCAUCACAUUAUGCAAUAAUCAUUUCACUUAUUGUUUCGGGAAGAUGUAUUUUAAAUUUAUGUUACAUCAGUGAAGAAGAAAUUUAAUUGUUACUUGGUUUUUGUACUUUUGUCUCAAGACAGUGACAGCUAUACCUCGUCAGUUGGCCUUCAGGCAACAAAAUCUGAUCUUAUUUUUUCGAAAGAUUUUGAUGGAAUUAGGACCCAAGCAUUGGCCCAGUAGUGAUUGUGUGGGGCUUGAUAAGUGCUUACUGGCUCGACUAUACACUAGCAGAUUUUGAAGGGUUAAGGUGCUAUCUAGCAAAACUUUGCAGAUAACAAAAGUCACAUUAUGAGUAGUUGAAUGCUAGUGCUUGUAUCCAUCCUGAAAAAUGCAAGCGAGUCCCAGUUGCUGAAAGCUGGUGUUAAGAAAGAAAAAAAAAAUAUCAGAGGGAUAUUUGGGGAAAGAAAUACUCUUUACUGUGGUUGGCAGAUGUUAAUGAGUUCUUGAACUUUGACCCUGCAACUUGUGGAAUGGAGUAGGUUGUUCCUGGUUUAUAACUAGAUGUCAUGUACAUACUUGUCCACCCAAAACCCAGUUUUAUGAAGUCUACUCGUGACUUGUGAUUCCAUUUUUUUGUAGAUUUUAUUUCCUCGAAAUGUCUAUAGUUAAGCGUGUUGAAAUUGGUAGGAAAUGUAUGACCAAUUUAGAAAAUUUUGCAAUGAUUAACGCCACUCAAAACAUCUAGACAAACAGCCGCGUAUGAACUUCAAUGUGAACAGUAUUUGUAGGACCUUGGUUAUCUCUGUCUCGAUGUUUGUCGCUGCAUUGAAAAUUGAACAAACAAGUUUGAACUUUUGGUAACUCUGGAAGUAACUUUGAGCUCAGGAUUAAAAAGUAAAGUCCAAUUCUGGCUUUGGGCAUAGUUGCCUCUCUGAGAGGGCAAUUCAAGAAAUCCAAUUAAUCCUGAUUCUGCUGAACCAAGCUGUCUGGAGAUCUUUUUUGGGGGGGGGUAUCAUUUUCACAACAUUCAAUUACAAAUGACCAAUCAAACUUCAGCAAUAUUUUUGCUGACCAGACAUGUGAACUCUGUUUUUUUUCCUUAAAAUCAAAAGUCAAGACAAAGUAGCAAGUUUCCCAAUGUACUUGGGGGAGGAAAAUAAAGUUAAAAUGCAAGAUGAGUCAAAUAAAAAAUUCUUUUUUAUUGUC